AUGCACUUCAACAACUAUAUCAAUCACCGUGAGAUGCAGCCAUUUGACGAGAUAUCGUUAUACUCUGGAUGGUUGACUUGCAGAUCACGUCUCACUGCUUCUCAUAUGCCCGAGCGCGUGAUGCGGCAGUUUGGCUACACUCAAACCAUUCUCAGAGACCAUGUUGUCUCUGCUCAUCCUGCUUUGACAUAUAGACAGAUGGAUGCCAUGUUUGAUGAUUAUGAGAUCCAUCUGGUAUCAGAGGAGGCACAAAGUAACACAGAUAAGAGUGACUGGAGCUACGUCGACGAGUACAUCAGAUGGUUCUUCAGGGUGCCACAUUCGUAUAUGGUGCAUGCUGCUCCAGAAGAUCCACCGAGGCUAUCUCAUCAAGAGAUACUAAAGGAGGAGUAG